UGGACUCUUGCCAAUUCUUCUUCAAUUUUAUGUCGCUCAUGGGGCCCGUUUUUCUGUAGGAGUUGUAACACAUUGGUAGGUUUGAGGUUCAAAGAUUAGCUGCGAUGGCGCCACGAACGGUGUUGCUCGCGCUUGCGAAUCUUUUGAUUCCAGUCGCGAUUCUGACCUUCGCGACGGGCUUCUUCCCGUACAAGCCUUUCAUGCCAGGGCUAGCAGAGUAUGAAGAGCUGAAAUGGGAGGGAAAUAAUGCAACGGAUUCGCAACAACCUCCGGAGGCACCAUUCGACAAGCUGGUGUUCAUGGUAGUGGAUGCGCUGAGGAGCGACUUCGUCUACAGCAAGGAGAGUGGGAUGAGCUUUGUUCAGAGCCUUAUCCGCGACGGCACAGCGCUCCCCUUCACAGCCCACGCUACCUCCCCCACCAUCACCAUGCCGCGCGUGAAGGCCAUCACCACAGGCUCCAUCCCCUCCUUUCUCGACGUGAUCCUGAACUUCGCCGAAUCAGACACAACAUCCACGCUCGCAACGCAAGACACCUGGCUCGCACAGAUCAAAGCCAAGCGCUUCGGAAACAAGCAAGGGAAACUAGUCAUGUACGGUGACGACACGUGGUUGAAGCUGUUCCCAGACUUCUUUGAGAGAGCGGACGGGACGAGCAGUUUCUUUGUUUCGGACUUCACCGAAGUGGACAAUAACGUGACGAGACAUGUUCCUAAUGAGUUGCUGAAUGAGGACUGGAAUGCUAUGAUUAUGCAUUACCUGGGUUUGGAUCAUAUUGGGCACAAGGCUGGUCCGAAAAGUCCGAACAUGCUUCCGAAACAGAAGGAAAUGGAUGACAUUGUACGGACGAUUUAUUCUGCCAUUGAAAUCGAAGACCACCUAGCCAACACCCUGUUCGUACUGUGCGGCGACCACGGCAUGAAUGAAGGCGGCAACCACGGAGGAUCGUCGCCCGGCGAGACAUCACCCGCGCUCGUCUUCAUGAGUCCGAAACUCACCAAGAUCACCCACGGUCGGCCGAUCGUCGGAAGUCCCUCAAAGCCCAAGACAGAAGGCGAGUUUGAUUACUAUAGGACGGUGGAGCAGAGUGAUAUUGCGCCGACUUUGUCAGGUCUCCUUGGCUUUCCGGUACCAAGAAACAAUCUCGGUGUAUUCCUCAGCGAGUUUUUGGGGUUUUGGGAUAACAAUUUGGACCGUAUUCAGCUUCUGUAUAGGAACGCUAAACAGAUCAAGCAUAUUGUCGAAGCUACAUACACGAGUCAGAGUUUCGAUGACCAGGCCUUAGCUCCAGGCCAUGGACUCUCGGACUGCGACUAUUCAGAUAGCGGCGAAAAGCUCGCUUGUCGUUGGAACAGAUUUGUGAGAGGUCUGGCACAUGACGAAGAGGACGUGCAGCAAGCCCAUCUCACGAAGUUCAUGCAUGACGCUCAAGACAUCAUGUCUAGCGCAGCAUCCAACUACGACGUGCCACGACUAUUCCUCGGCACUGCUUUCGCCUUCCUCAUCUGCGUCCUAAGUUUCUUCACGCUUCCAUCACUGCGACCCACAUCGUCUGCUGGCCUCUACUACUUUCUCACUCUCGGACUGUACGCCGUCCUCAUGUUCGCUUCCUCCUACGUCGAAGAAGAGCAUAACUUCUGGUACUGGAUCACAUCGGGCUGGGUUUUCUACCUGUUUCUGCACAGCGUGCGGAAAAAACAAAACAGCACAUGGAUCCUCCAUCCUGCUCUUGCGGUUCUGGUCAUCCACAGGGUGAUAAGGCGAUGGAACCAAACGGGCCAAAAGUUCGCGGGCGCAGAUGACAUCGUAACGAGCGGUAUUUUCCACGGGAAUAACUCCAUCCUGUUGUGGGUGCUGGUCGGUGCCACAUACUUGGACGUCACGCUUCGCGUCUCUAGACAUUAUGCUCGCUCUGUGGUCACGCUGAGCAAUCCGUUGUACAGAAAACAACUGGACCCGCAACCAUUGGAGCACCACCGCAUGAUAGGUAGUCUUGUCGCGUUGCCUCUCUGUGGCACAGCCUUCAUUUUCAAAAUUGCGUUUACCGUGAAAGACGCCCCGGAGCUUACAUAUACCCUCACGUCCAAUGUGAUGGCGUGGGUGGAAACACUUGAUCUCGUCCUACUUGCACGGAUGGUCUUCGGAGGUAUCGCGUUUAGCUUUGCUGGCAUCCUGUUUGCAGAGUAUCAACGAUCAACACGCCGAGCAAAGAGGAAUGUCAAGGGCCACGGCGAUCUAGCGAUCACGUUCUUCGACCUCCUGACGCUCUUCCUCCUCACGCAGACAAAAGCCCAGAACAUACCUCUCUACCUGCUCUUCCGCAUCCAAGUCUUCUCCCUCUCGCACCUCGCCCUCACCCCAACCCGCACCACCCUCACAACCCUCCUCCUGAGCCAAACAGCCUUCUACGCUUUAGGUUUGAACAACAGCAUAUCUUCCAUCGACCUCUCCAACGCAUACAACGGCGUAUCGGGCUACAACGUGCUCGCCGUCGGAGUCCUCGUAUUCCUAUCAAACUGGUCCGGGCCCGUGUACUGGAGUCUCGCAGGCGUUCUGCUCCUGCGCUCGUACGGGCGACCAAGCACUCCGCCACCAGCCAGUGGCAGCAGAGCCGGUGGUGGCAAGCGCAGCUGGGUGGUCCAAGAGCAUGCACACCUGCACGCCCUGGCCAACAAGACUGAGCCGAAUGAACAACACCACUCUGAACCGCACCACAGCGCGGAUCGGUGGCGUACGCAUGUAUCCCUCCUCACGUUGUUCACCGGUGUCAUGCUGACUAGCGUCAUGGCCGCGUGUACAGCGCUCCGAACGCACUUAUUCAUCUGGACGGUGUUCAGCCCGAAGUAUUUGUUCGCGAUGGCGUGGGGGCUUGCAUGGCAUCUGGGCGUUACGCUGGGGUUGGGUGGGUUGGUGUGGUGGAUGGGAAGUUGGUGAGGCAGCAGCUUCUUGAAGCCGUGCGAUGUGGCGGAUGGAGGAGUGUGGGAGUAUCAGAGUAAUAUUUGGGGGCUGUGGAGGUUGCGUGUGAGAG